CAUCAGGUGGAGCCGAAGUGAAGGAUGUCCAAGAGACGAUGGGUGGAAUUCAGGAUCUGCCAAACCAUCAGCUGUUCAACUCCGGUGGGCCGCAGGACUAGACCAGCAUCCCCUGCUGCGGCCGCAGCCGCAGGAACCGCAGAGAUGAUGGAAGACGAGGAGCGACAGAGGAAACUGCAGGCCGGCAAAGCCAAGCUGGCCGAGUACCGGCAGAGGAAAGCUCAAUCCGAUGGCCAGAAGAAGCAGAAGAAGAAGAGAAAGAAGCCAGAGUCGGAUGCAGAGGAGCGUCUGAGAGAAGAGCCGAGUCGAGAUGAGGGAGACGAGCAGCCGGGGGAUCAAAACACCGUGUUUUCGCUCUCCAAGACCCUGCGCAGCGGAGAGAGCGUCACACACGAGCAGACCUACAGCAUCGAGCCCGAGAGUGAGGUCUCGACGACGGCUGAAGACUGUUCGUCUGAGGUAAAUGGUUUCCAGGAGAGGACAGACAGUGAUUUCCCAUGGUCCUCCUGUGUGAUCGGGGAGGAGGACCUCCCUCAGUCUGAAGCCCAGAUGGAGCCGGACCCGCAGAGCCAGAUCCAGGUCAUGGAGGACGAGUUGGCUGCCAAGAGCACGGCCAUAGAAGAGCUGAGCCGCGAGCUGGAGGAGAUCCGGCGGGCGUUCGGGCCCGAAGGAGGGCAGCAGCUGCCGGAGUUCGAGGAGGCGCUGAAACAGAGGGACGAGAUCAUCACGCAGCUCACCGCUAACAUGCAGCAGGCGCGGGCCGAGAAGGAGGAAGUGAUGCGGGAGUUCCUGCAGCUCACCGAGCAAAGCCAGAAACUGCAGAUUCAGUUCCAACAGCUGCAGGCCGGGGAGAUCCUGAGGAGCUCCAGCAUCAGCUCCAGCAUCAGCUCCACCGCCUCAGAUCUUCUCCAGGCCCGUCAGCAGAUCACGCUUUACCAGGAGAAGAUCACACUGUACCAGCAGCAGCUGGACGAGAGUGAGGCGCAGGUAAAAGGUCACCAGGAGAAGAUCACACUGUACCAGCAGCAGCUGGACGACAGGGACGCGCAGGUCAGAGGUCACCAGGAGAAGCUCAUACUGUACCAGCAGCAGCUCGACGACAGGGACGCGCAGGUCAAAGGUCACCAGGAGAAGAUCACACUGUACCAGCAGCAGCUGGACGACAGGGACGCGCAGGUCAGAGGUCACCAGGAGAAGCUGGACGAGAGGGACGCGCAGGUCAGAGGUCACCAGGAGAAGACACAGGAGCAGCUGAUACUGAUCACACAGCUUCAGGAGAGGCUGAGUGAAGCCGAGAAGUUCCACACAGAAUCCGAAGAAUCGUCUGCACUGAGUUUACGAGAAAAGGACUUGCUGAACACCGAACAUCAUCAGCGUCUGAUCUCGGAGCAUCAGCAGUCGAUAACGCAGCUUCAGGAUCAGCUUCUGACCAGCAAACAACAGGCGGAAGAAGCGAACAGGCGUUUGUCAGCGAAAGCCCAAGAGCUGGACAUCUGCGAACGCGAGCUCACCGUGUCCAGGCAGAAGGAGCGCAUGUCUUCGGGAGAAAUCCUGCAGCUCAUGAAAACCGUGGAGGAUCUUCAGCAGCGCUGCCAUCACCACGGCAGCCAAUCAGAGCGCGACACGCUGCGAGCCGAGCUCGACGAGAUGUACGGGGAGCAGAUCGUGGCCAUGAAACACGAGCUCCGGGUUCAACACGCGGCCGAAGUGGACCGAAUCCGAGAGCAAAGUCGCGCCGAAGUGGAGAAAAUCGUUCAGGAGCAUCAAUCCGAGAUUGAGAAGUUCAAAGGUCAGGUGUUUCAGAGCAACGUCCUGAACGUGAGGGUCAUCGAGCUCCAGCAGAAGCUGCAGGAGACGCUAGUGCUACGAGAGAAAGCGGAGCAGGAGUUAGCGCGGGUGAGUGGAGAGAAACUCAGUCUGGCGCAUCAAGUUGAGCGUUUACACAACGAGUUGCGGAGUGUGAGGUCAGAGGUCAGUGAGGUGCAGCGCCUACGUGACGCGCUUGAUGCCGCGCAGACGGCUAACGUCGAGCUCGAGGUCAAGCAUGAAUCAGAGAUUACGAACUAUAAGAUUAAACUCGACAUGCUAGAGCGGGAAAAAGACGCGGUGUUGGAUCGCAUGGCCGAGUCGCAGGAAUCAGAACUGGAGCGACUCCGAACGCAACUCUUGUUCAGCCACGAGGAAGAGCUUUCCCGACUCCGAGACGACCUUCAGCGGGAAGGCCAGCUCAACGUGCAGAACCUGCGGGACGAGAUGAGCGUGAGACACCGCGAGGCUAUCGACGGCUACGAGGACAAGCUAGCGUCGGCGGAGAGCGAGAGAGUCGCGCUGCUUCAGGCGCUGAAACACAACGAGGAAAGCGGAAACUCUGAGGAGCUCGAGAGACCGAGACAGAGCGAAAUCAGCAAUCUCCUGGAGGACGUCAACAAGCUAACGUUGGAGAACGAGCAGGCGUCCGCGCGACUCGAGGAGCUUCAGGACGAGAUCGACACGCAGAGGAACACCUUCUCCUUCGCCGAGAGGAACUUCCAGGUGAACUUCCAGGAGCUGAAGGACGAGUACGUGUUCAUGGCUAACGCUAAAACACAACUAGAGGAGCGCCUGAUCAGAGAAGCCGAGGAGUUCGAGAAGAGGCUCGCCGAGAUGCGGACGAGCCGCGAUGAGGUGGACGGGAGUGAGAAACACACGACCGAGCUGAUGGAGAAGCUCGAGGCGGUCGAGAAAGAGAAGAAGAGUUUAGCCGAGCGGCUCUCGCUAGCGGAAGCGGAUGCUAAGCGCCUGGCAGACGAGCUGGAGCUGAGGAAUAAAGCGCUGGUUCGGGACUGCAGUGUUUCUGGUGGGCUGGAGACGCAUCACACACACACCAGAUCAGGGAGGGAGAGAGAGACGCCUGCGAGUACUACAGCGAGCCGGCUUGCUCCACACACACACACACACACUCACGACGAGCAGCUCGCGGUCUCCUUCAGCCUCACGCAGCAGCAUGAGACGGGAGAUGCUCAGGUCGAUGGAGACGCUGUCAGAGCUUCGCGUGUGAUUCUGCCACUGGAAAUGGACGGCGCUGAGCAUGAUGAGUGUCGUCUGCAGUUAGAGGCUCAGCGCAUCAGUCUCUCGCAGAUCCACGCCGCGCAGCUCGAGCUGCUCAUGGACACACACGAGCAGGAGCUGCGCAGUCGAGAGCGGGAGAUGCGGGACACACACGAGCAGGAGCUGCGCAGUCGAGAGCGGGAGCUCAUGGACACACACGAGCACGAGCUGCGGCGUUUACAGGAGCAACAGGGCCUCAGCGCUCCGUCCUCAGAGCCGAGUGAGCUGACGGUCCCGCAGCUGAAGGCUGAGUUUCAGGAGUGUAGGGCUCAGCUGGAGGAGACUCACCGGCGCGAGAUCGAGCGGCUGAAGGUCUUCUACCAGCAGCAGAAGCAGGAGACGCAGGAGCGCUUCACCUCUGAGAUCCUCCUCCUCCAGCAGAGACUACAGGAGCUCUCGGGCGCCGAGGAGCUCUUCAGCGUGCCGAGCGCCAGUGUGCCCCUGACCGGAGACGAGCGAGCUGAACAGCAUCAGGACGAGGAGCGUGUCUCUGUGAUCGCUGGGUCAGGUCUGUGGCGUGAGCUGCAGGCCGGUCAGAAAGCCCCGUGCGAGAGCUGGCGUGAGGAGCUGACGGAUCGGGAUCGGGAGCGACGGCCCGGAUCUCCUCCCGGACGCUGGCGGGAGAGACACCAGCAGGAGCAGCUGGAGGAGGAGAUCGCUAAGGUGAUCGUGCAGAUGUCGGUGGAGUUCGCCCAGCACACCGAACACACACGCAUCAGCAAACAGGCCAGAGAGACGAGCACCGCUGUACAGACGGACCGAGAUGAGGCGGCCGAGAAGGAAGAGGAGGAGGAGGAGGAAGAGGAGGAGGUGAUAAAGGGCAAAGGUCAUGGAAGGAGCGAGACAUCACAGUCAUCUGACCCAGAGCUCGCAUCUGAUGACAUCAUCACAGAGCGGGAUCUGCUGCGUGAGGCGAACGCUCGUCUGGUUCUGGUUCUGCUGGAGGUGCUGAAGACCACAGCGGCCGCGGAGGAGACCAUCAGCCAUGUGGAGGCCAUGCUGGAGGCCAGUCCGGGUCACAUGACCCCAGCGGAGCGGGUCAGACCGGGACCUGCUGGAGACGCUGAUGACGUCAGCAUGUUUUCAGCGGAGGCCGAUGAAGGGCUGGAAAUGAAGAUCCCGGGGGCGGGGCUUCUGUGCCAGGGGGCGGAGCUUCAGCUGCAGGGGGCGGAGCUCCAGCUGGAGAGGGAGGAGUUUCUGAUGAGCAUCAGCUCACGCUUGCAGAGCGCCGUAGAGAAGCUGCUCAUCGCCAUCACUGACACCAGCUCUCAGCUGGAACACGCGCGGAUCACGCAGACGGAGCUCAUGAGGGAGAAGUUCAGGCAUAAUGAGGAGAUGGAGGAGCUUCUGCGCAGACAAGAGGAGCUUCAGGAGCGUGUGUGUGAGGAGAACCGAGCAAGAGAACAACUGGCACUGGAGCUGCACAGGGCUGAAGGGGUGAUUGACAGCUACAGCGGCGAGCGUGAGGGGCUGGAGCAGCAGGUGCGCGAGCGGGUCGAUCUGCAGCUUCAGCUGGAGCAGGAGCUGUGUGUGACGAGCCUCAGACUGAGGGAACUGGAGGAGGAGCGCCAGCAGAUCCAGGACCAGCGCCAGCUCCUGUCCCGCCAGCAGGAGGCGCUGAGAGACGGGGCCGGGGCCCCAGAGCUGCGACUAGUUGAGGCUGCUCUUGACGCAGCACCUGAAGCAGACCUGCUGGAGGAGACGGAGAAGCUGAUGCUGGAGAAGGUGGAGGUGCAGCGGCAGGCGCAGAAGGAGAGUGUGGAGUUGCACCUGCAGGUGAAGCACCUGGAGGCGGAGCUUGAGGAUCAGGUGAUGCGCCUGCAGGAGCUCCAGGACACGAGCCGAUCCGAGCGAGACGACCUGCGGCAGCAGAUCCAGGCCUUGGAGAAACAGCUGGAGAACAACCGCAGGUUCAUGGACGAACAGGCCGCGGACAGGGAACACGAGCGCGACGUCUUUCAGCAGGAGAUUCACAGCCUGGAGCAGCAGCUGAAGAACCCGCCCAAAACAGGAAGCGGAAGUGACCGCAGGGACCGAGAGGUGCAGGAGUUGACCCGUGCGCUGCAGGAUAAGUCUGACUGCUGCAGUGAGCUGCUGUUGAGCGCCGAGCAGCUGCAGAGAGAUGUGUGUGAGAGAGACGAGGAGAUCGAGACGCUCGGCGCGCGCGUGAGAGAGCUGGAGCACACACUCAUGCACAGGGUGGAGGAGGCUCAGCAUGUGUCCAUGGCGGGCCGGGGAGACGUCACACUGGAGGCUCAGCUCCAGACCGAGAGAGAGGCUCUGGACAGGAAGGAGAAAGAGAUAGUGAAUCUGGAGGAGCAGCUGGAGCAGUUUCGUGAGGAGCUGGAGAAUAAGAGCGAGGAGGUGAAUCAGCUCAACAUGCAGCUGGAGAUCCAGAGGAAGGAGAUCAGCAGCCAUCAGCAGGACCAGACCCGCCUCACACAGGUGUUGGAGGAGAAGGACGGGCAGAUUAUCGCCCUUAACGAGCAGGUCGUUAAGCAUCAGCACACGGACACAGAGCCUGAGGAAGAGGCGUUGGAGCAGAAAGAGGAGGUUCUCCUUGAUCUGGAGGCGCAGGUGGAGCGUUUGCGCAGCGAACAGGAGCGACUGAAGAGGAGCCGCGAGGAGGAGGUGGAGCAGCUCAACGCCGUCAUCGAGACGCUCCAGCAGGAGCUGUCGCACAUCGAGCGCAAGGACGAGCCCAGAGACGAGAGCCACGAGAUGAAGCAGAAGAUGGAUGAAGUCGCGACCGAGCUCGACACGCUGAAAUCCGAACACGGCUCGCUCCGUAGCAAAUACGAGCGUCUGCGCGAGGAGACACUAGUGGAGCUGGAGGCGGCGCUGAGGGAGAAGACGGCGGCGUUCGUGGUGGUCCAGGCGCAGGUGCAGGCGCUGGAGGAGAGCGCCGGGUCACGGCUGAGGGGUUUGAGCCGGCGAGUGGAGGAGCUGGAGGCGGCGCUGGAGGACAAGGACUCGGAGCUGCGCGCUUGCAUGCUAAACGUGGAGCUAGCGCAAACGGACGCCGGCACUCUUCACGUCAAAGUCGCCGAUCUAGAGGACAAACUCAGGGAGAAAGUGGCCGCCGUUCUGGUCAGUCAAGCUCAACUAGGAGCCGUACAGACGCAAACCAAAGAUCUGAGAGGCGACGCCCCCGCUGGAGAAAAGCCGAAAGGCGCCGGAGCGGCGACACACGGGCCGGUCCUGCUGACGGAGAGGCUGAGGGAGCUGGAGGAGGGGCUGAGCCUCAUGCAGAAGGACCAGGAGCUGCAGAAACACAUGCUGAGCAGCUCCGAGGACGAGGUGAUGGAGUACGAGAGGAGGUUAGCCGUGAUGAUGGACAUCCUGAACCAGAUGAGAACCAAACCGACCUAUCACAGGCCGCUGAUCGCUGAGGAGUCGGGCGAGGACAGUCGGCUGCUGUCACAGCUGCUGCAGGAGGUCAAAGGUCAAGCCGCGUCCACUAAAGAGGAGCUGACCUGCUACAGGGAACUGAGCCACAAGCUUCAGGAGGAGAUGGAGAUGAAGGAGAGCACGAUCACGCAGCUCCAGACGGCUCUCAGCCAGGUCCAAGCGGGCUCGCGUGACGAAGACGUCGCCAAGACGGCGAAACUUCUCCAGGAGCUGCAGGAGGUCAGAGGUCAAGCGUCCGCCACACAACAGGAGCUGCAGGAGGUCAGAGGUCAAGCGUCCGCCGCACGACAGGAGCUGCAGGAGGUCAGAGGUCAAGCGUCCGCCGCACGACAGGAGCUGCACAGCUUCAGGGAGCAGAGCGUUCGGCUGCAGGAGCUGCUCCAGGAGAGAGAAAUGAGCAUCGCUCUACUCAAGGAUCAGCUCCACAGGGCCUCACGAGAGGGAGAUCGGUCCACAGAUGAGCUGCUGCAGGAGCUGCAGGAGGUCAAAGGUCAAGCGGCGGACACACUACAGGAGCUGCAGGAGGUCAAAGGUCAAGCGGCCGCCACUAAAGAGCAGCUGAGCAGCUUCAGGGAACGCAGUCUGAAACUGCAGGAAGAGAUCGAGGUCAGAGACGUGUCCAUUGCUGAGCUGAGGGUCAAAGUUCACGAGCUGCAGAUCGCUUUGACCAGAUCUGAGGAGCCUCCGCAACAGCCGCAGUCUCAGCCUAAAACGAAAGCAGGGAAAAACGGAGACAACAGAGAGCAUCAUGGGAUAAACAAAAGUGCUGACGCAAGUAAAGACACGCCCUCCCUUCCCCACCGAACCUCCACGGACCAAUCCGAGAGCUCGCCUCAGUCGCGUGUGAACGCGAGCACGCAGAGCGACCCGAGCAGAGCCGAGGACGUGCAGGAGCUGAUCUCGGGCUUCUCGGAGAAGAUCGGGCAGAUGCGGGAGCUCCACGCAGCCGAGAUCAUGGACAUGGAGGCCCGGCACAUCUCCGAGAGCGAGAGCUUGAAGAGGGAGAACCGGCAGCUGGAGCUCGAGAGCCGAGCGCUGAGAGACGCCAUCGACAAGCUCACGGCCGCCGAGGUCACACACACACCUUCACAUGGUCCCCCGGUGAGGUCCGAGCGCCCCGCCGCCUCUCCGCUUAAGGACGGAUACGCCAGCGACAGCAGUUCAGACUGGAGCCAGCGCACAGGUUUGGAUCACCCUCACCUGCAGGAGAACAGGAGCACACCUGAGGGCGCGCGCCGGGACCCGGAGCCGGACCUCCUGCCAGACCGGGUCAAGAGUCUGCUGCGCGAGGUCCAUCGGGAGGGCAUGCAGGUGCUGUCGCUGUCCGAGCUGCCGAUGUGUGGAGCGGAUCGCCCCGCUGCGCUGCAGGCCUGGAGCAGCGAGAGAGACGCCCUCACACACACCGUCGACUCGCUGCAGCUCCUCAUCAGCAGACUGCAGUCGCACACACAGGUCGACGGCGACUGGCGAGCGGAGCUGCUGUCCGCCGUUCAGCAGGUGUUUGUUCACGAGCGAGACGCGCUGAAGAGUGUUUUAUACUCUCAGCUGGAGCGACUGGACACCGCUGACGCCGUCGUUCAUCUCAACCAGCUGGAGAGAGCGCUAGCGGAGCAGGACGCCCGGCACAGCGAAGGCAUGUGUGUGUUGAGCUCGGCGGACAGAAGCAGCCUGCGCUCGGAGAUCCAGCAGCUCAGAGAUCAGCUGCACACACUCACGUCUGCACACACACAGCGCCACCAUGUGGACACUACCGGAGCGGCGAGCGUGAGGGAGGCAGAACCGGCGCUGGUCGGGACAUCGGUCGGGUCCGAUCCACUGGAGGAGAUCAAGACUGAACUGAGCCAGACUAAACUAGAGCUAGAGAGCGCUUUAAAAGCACAACACAAACACCUAAAAGAGCUCGACACACUCAGGGUGGAGGUCUCGCUGAAGGCCGCUGAGGUCGACACACUGAGCGACACACUGGCACACGAGCAGAAGAGAGCGAGAGAGAUGCAGUGGGCGUACGAGAAGGAGAAGUGCAAGUCUGACCGGAAGCAGGAGAGCGAGAGAGAGGAGGUGGAGGAUCUGAAACUGGCUCUGGAAGAUCAGCGAGGGCGUGUGGUCGAGCUGUCGAUCGCCCUGGAGAGAGAGAGAGAGACUUCAGCUCGGCUCAGAGAUCAGGAGCGGGAGGCCGGCGUCUCCUCAGAGCUGCAGGUUCAGUUAGACGCUCAGAGAGCUCGGGCCGCAGAGAUCAGCAGUGCUCUAGAGAAAGAGAAGGAGCUCAACGCACAACUGCUCCGGCGGGUCCACACGAGCUCCGCGUCAAACACACAGGAUUCUGGGACACACACACUCGUGCAGGCCGAGGCCUCCUGCAGCCAGGUGGAGGCGGGCGUGCUCUCGGUGGAGUCUCUCCUGCAGGCGCAGCUGGUGGAGAAGCAGGCGCAGGUGGUGCAGAUGAUGGAGGAGCUGGAGAAGCACCAGCUGGACGUGGUGCAGCGCAAACGACAGUGGGACGAGGAGAGGUCUUCACUUCAGCAGGACCAUAAUGCACUGGGGCGGCGGGUGGAGGAGCUGCGGGCGGAGCUGAACGCGGAGAGAGACACCGUCAGGAGCCUCGAGGGAGAGAGACACCGACUGCAGGAGAGAGUGAGAGAGCUGGAGGGAGAGAGACACCGACUGCAGGAGAGAGUGAGAGAGCUGGAGGAGAAGCUAAGAGACGCUCGGCCUGCGGAUCGAACCCGGGACUGGGUGUUGCAGCAGAAGACGACAGACGCUACGACACACACUGGUCAGAACCCAGAGCCCAAGCACACGGACCCCAUCCUCAGCCGACUGCAGCUCAUCGCCGCCAGGAUCAACAGCUUGACCAGCGACACCCCGGGCAGGUUAUCCGGAGAAGCGCCCGACCGUGAAAGUCUAGCGUGGCUUCACAGUAAUGUACAGGAUGUGAUGUCACUGUUACAGCAUAUCCCAUCAGCCCCUUCUGCUCUCCCGGAGAGCCCCGCUCUGCUGGCUGGAGGAUCCUCUAGUCUGCUGAAUGAGCGUUUACUCCGCCAGAACGCAGAGCUCACGGGAUUCGUCAGUCGACUGACAGAAGAGAAGAACGACUUACGAAACCAGUUACUGAACCUGGAGGACGAGCUGCGGAGAAGCAGACAGAAGAAGGCCGUCGCGGAGAGCGGUUCGGGCCGGCAGGAGCUGGUGCUGUUCUCGAGUGAGCGCGAGUGCUGGGCUCAGGAGAGGAGCCGGCUGCAGAAGUGCGUCGGUCAGGCCGAGGCAGAGCUGGCCCGUCUGAGAGCCGAGAUCCGCUCCGACACACUGCGGGAUCUGACCGGGGCCGACCCCGACAACACGGCCCUCAAGAGGAUGUAUGGGAAAUACCUGCGCGCCGAGAGCUUCCGGAAGGCUCUGGUGUAUCAGAAGAAGUAUCUCCUGCUUCUGCUGGGGGGGUUUCAGGAGUGUGAGGAGGCCACGCUGUCUCUGAUCGCACGCAUGGGUGGCCAGCCCACACACACACACACACACACCAGUCUGGAGUCCAUCGGCCGUCAGCGCAGGGGCUUCACACGCUUCAGAUCGGCUGUGCGCGUCUGCAUCGCCCUCUCACGGAUGAGGUUUCUGGUGAAGAGAUGGCAGAGAGCCGGAGGAACCGUGAGCGCUGCGGUCGUGAGCAGAAACGGCCUCAGCCAGAUCACAGGUGCGGAUGUGAGGAACGAGUCUUCCUUCCUGCAGCCCGGGAGCGUUGAGGUGUUCAGAGAGCGGCGCGGGACGAGCCGGGGCCGGACGGGACGAGACUCGCCUCGGUCCACCGCAUCAGUGCAGCACAGGUAUCACAGUAUGGCCGGUGAGCCCGGAGGUUUGCCCUGUUCCCACCUGCAGAACUACGACCCGGAUCGCGCUCUCACCGACUACAUCUCACGCCUGGAGGCCCUGCAGAGGCGCCUGGGAAGUGUGCAGUCAGGUUCCUCUUCGUACGCUCAGUUGCACUUUGGAGUCAGAAGAUAAAGAUCUACAUUUGAACUGGCUUGAAGAAUCUCGGUUGCCUUCUCUCGUGCGGAGCUGCUGCGCUUCUGUACUCUUACUGUACAUGUCUGUGGGACCAAAAAGACCUUGUUGUUUUUGUGUGUGUGUGUGUGUAUCAUCUUAUAAUCAAGCUUUUUGUUGGCGGCACUUGAAACGGCUUCAACAUCUGUACAUUAGUUCUACCUUAUUUGUUGUUAAUGGAAAACAAUCAUGUUGUUACUGUAUAUUUGUGGAAUGCUAAUUUAAGUUGAUUAAUUUAAGAAGUGUUGUAUGGUGAACAGGACGGCUGCUAUCGGCUCUCGAUGACCUCAUGAACGCUAGCGGGAGGAGAGCGAGUCGGGGCUUCACUAGCUAGUAAUGUUGUCAGAUACUCUACACUGUGCUUUAUUCGCUCGCUCCCUUGAAAAGACCCGAGGACAUUUGUAGAAGACAUAUUUUUGUAAAGGUUGGAGCUUUGGAUUUUAUGGGUAUUUUGUCAAAACUGAAAUAAAGAUUAAUAUAAUAUUUGAAAACUG